AUGAUGAGAGAUACAAGUAACAUGAGUCCACAUGACCCUGGAGGCGCCCCAUGUGAGGAGCCGGCGGGAGAACGGGAAGAGGCCAUCGUCGACGUAGAUCCGCUUGCAUCGACGGUUGUACUUGAAUCGCGAACCCGAUAUCCAACCUGCCUGUUCCACAAUGCACCCGCAUCAUCUGCCCUCUUAACCCUUACAUUUCGUGCCGUAUCCUGUGCCUGCUUCCAACAGCAUGACUUCAACCGUAGGCUAAAGGUAACGGCUAUACCCGAUCCCGGGGGUUCAGAAAUACUCGGCAGUCAGAAUUACACUUCCACAGAACAAAUUCCUCAGAUGACUGAUGUGGCCGGUGUCGAGGCAGCUAGUGUGGAACAAGGGUGGACACAAGUCUGGGCUUCAACUUUGAGUGCCGGUACUAUCCAGGAGAGACGACGAAGAGGCGAUAAGUCACUCGAUUUCACCAGAGAUACUGAUGAGCUUCUUAUCCCAGCAUGUAUUGCAAGGCAAUAG